UCGCACUUUGCAGCUUUUGAGCUUCGUCCAUCCCUCACGGCUUCUGAGAUCUGGCGGAGGCACCGAGUCUGGUUCUUGAUCGUUUGUCCCGGAUUGGAGGACGCGGGGCCGGCGCUUGAGAAGUAGGAGUGCGAGUUUUCAAGAGAUUUAUGCGUGAAUCCCUUUCCGGAGCCUGAGGUUUCGAUCUGGUGGAGUUUAGCAUAUUCAUACUGUCUUCUUGUUCUUCUUGAUUGCAAAGAAAGAAGGGGGAUUCAUUGGCUGUCUAUGUAACAAACCAUCUGGCGGAGGUAAUCUCUGAUGAAUUUCUUCAAGUCCUGCUUUUGCAUCCAGCCGUGCGGCACCAGUGGGCGGCGAGGUCGGCUUCUUUGGAACACUAACGCAGGGCGUCACGUGAGCGGCGAGUUCUCGAUGGCCGCCGUCCAGGCCAACUACCCAAUUGAAGACAAGAACCAGAUUGAAUCAGGUUCGCUGAGCUUGGAAGAUUGUGGCCCUUUGGGAACCUUCGUGGGCAUCUACGAUGGACACGGCGGUCACGAGACUGCCCAGUACAUAACCAAUCAUCUUUUCCUUCACCUCAAGAGAUUUACAUCGGAGGAACAUACAAAUACAAUGUCAGCUGAUAUACUGAGGAGGGCAUACCAGGCUACAGAAGAAGGUUACUUGUCUUUGGUCACUGGACAAUGGGCUGUGAAACCUCAGUUAGCAGCAGUUGGCUCUUGUUGUUUGGUUGGAGUAAUCAGUGAAGGAACACUGUAUGUUGCAAACCUUGGCGAUUCCCGUGCUGUAUUAGGUAGGCUUGUGAGGACCACCGGAGAAGUUCUAGCUGUCCAGCUAACGGAAGAGCACAAUGCAGCAAUUGAGUCAGUCAGACAAGAAUUGCAUUCUUUGCAUCCUGAUGACCCAGAGGUUGUCGUUCUCGUUCGCAAUAUUUGGCGUGUCAAAGGAAUUAUACAGAUUUCUAGAUCUAUUGGAGAUGUCUACCUCAAGAAAACAGAGUUUAACCGUGAGCCCUUGCCUCCAAAGUUUCUCCUUAAUGAACCGUUCAGUACACCAUUCCUGAGUUCUGAGCCAGCAAUUCUGGUACAAGAAUUGCAGCUGGAAGAUCAAUUUCUUAUAUUUGCCUCAGAUGGCCUGUGGGAGAAUCUAGACAAUCAGGAAGCAGUUGAUAUUGUUCGAAGGAAUCCUAACACUCGAAGUGCACGAAAGCUUGUCAAAGCUGCACUACAAAAAGCAGCAACGAAAAGAGAGAUGAGGUACUCAGAUUUGGAGAGGGUUGAUAAUCACGCUCGCCGGCAUUUCCACGAUGACAUAACUGUCAUUGUUGUGUUCCUUGAUUCUAACCUCAUUAGGGCGGCUAUCUCUAAGAAAGGUCCAAGCCUGCCAGAUGUUACGACCCUACCUCCAUCAUCAUCGUCAUCUUCAGCGGCGUCUUCUUCUUGUUCUUCUUCUUCGUAUAUGAUUAACUGAAGCCAGGUUUUGAAAGAGCUAUACGUUCUAAAGUGAAGUGGGAUGGUGACAAAUUUUGUUUGCAAUCUACCACUCUCCUGCAAACAAUAUGAUGCUCAUUAGAAGAUGUUAUUCUUUUGAUUUUCAUCACAGGAGAGUAACUGAGAAUAAUGUAGGAACCUGUAGCACUUGACACUAUUUUUUUUCCUUUUUUUUUGUUUGCACAGGAAUGGAUCUAGUAGGUCGCAAGAAAGAAGGAUAUAAUUCUUUCUCAAUAUAAUUCUUUUUGGUUUUUGUAGAACCGUAUCAGUUGA